AUGGCCACCACGACUACAAACAAUGUCGGCGACAAGUCCUCCGGCCUGUUCUCGUACGCCCAGAGCUCUCUCGACCGCGUCGUGUCUCCGUCGUCUCGCCAGCGCGCCUACGACAGUACCGCCGAGUUCGCGUCGGCCCGACCCAUUCUCUUCUCCUUCAUCGUAGCCCAGCUGCUAUUCUCGUUCCUCCCCGUCCUCCUCUUCGCCACCUUCUCCCUCUCCACCGUCGCCUUUUCGCUCGGCGCCGCGCUCGUCUUCGCCCUUUUCUGGAUCGGCGUGGCCUUCAUGGUGCUCAUGCCCGCCCUGCUCCUGACCUCCUCCGUCGCCGUCCUCAUCUGGGGCUGGGCCGUCGGAAGCUUUCUCGUCGCCCGAUGGCUGUAUAACCACGCGCCCAUUGGGAACUACGAGGACAAGAGUGUGGGCGUUGCGAAGAAGUAG